GCGACGGAGCGCACAGAUGGGGUGGCUCAGCCUGCCGGCCUGCCUGCGCUGCCGCCAGAAGGAGGCAUUCACGUUGUCCACUGAGAACAUUGCUGACAAAGAUGAUGAGAAUACCGAUCGGGGCAACUGGUCGAGCAAAACAGACUAUCUGCUGUCUAUGGUCGGCUACGCUGUCGGUCUGGGCAAUGUGUGGAGGUUUCCAUACCUGACCUAUCAGAAUGGCGGAGGGGCCUUCUUGAUACCUUACACCAUCAUGCUGGCGCUGGCUGGGCUGCCUUUGUUCUUCAUGGAAUGCUCCCUGGGGCAGUUUGCCAGUUUAGGACCCAUUUCCAUCUGGAGGAUUCUACCCCUUUUACAAGGAGUGGGAGUCACAAUGGUGAUGAUCUCGACAUUCGUGACCAUUUACUACAAUGUCAUAAUCGGCUACAGCCUCUACUAUUUAUUUGCCUCCUUCCGAAGUGUGCUUCCCUGGGCAGACUGUGAUCCGGAAUGGGCUGAUGAAUUGUGCAGCAAGACUCCAAUUGUGCGCUCAUGCAAUACCACAGAGAAAGAUGGCACCAUUGUCCAUGCCAACUACUCUUGGGUCCAAAGUCAGAACCUCACCUGCUUGAAUGGAACCUCACAGUUUGUAAACACCCAAGUUCCCAGCGAACAAUAUUGGAACAAAAAGGCCCUACAGCGUUCAUCUGGCUUAGGUGAAACAGGGGACGUAGUGUGGUACUUGGCCCUCUGCCUUCUCCUUUCGUGGCUGAUUGUGGGAGCAGCUUUGUUCAAAGGCAUAAAGUCUUCAGGAAAGGUUGUCUACUUCACAGCAAUCUUCCCCUAUGUCAUCCUCAUCGUGCUUUUGGUACGAGGCGCUACGCUGGAGGGUGCCCAGGAGGGCAUUGAGUAUUAUAUUGGAAGGCAGUCGAAUUUCACCAAGCUUAUGGAGGCAGAGGUCUGGAAAGAUGCAGCUACCCAGAUCUUCUUUUCUCUGUCUGUUGCAUGGGGAGGUUUGGUUGCCCUCUCGUCAUACAAUAAGUUCCACAACAACUGCUACUCUGAUGCUAUCUUCGUCUGCGUGACCAAUUGCCUCACCAGUGUCUUUGCCGGGUUUGCCAUUUUCUCCAUCUUGGGACACAUGGCAUUCAUGGCAGACAAGAAAGUCUCGGAAGUUGUCGACUCAGGGUUUGAUUUGGCAUUUGUUGCCUAUCCGGAGGCUCUCUCCAAGUUGCCAGUCGCUCCUCUCUGGUCCUUUUUAUUCUUCUUCAUGCUUCUGCUCUUGGGCCUCGACUCUCAGUUUGCUACAAUAGAAACCAUCACAACAACCAUCCAAGACCUGUACCCCCAGGUGAUGAAAAAGAUGAGGAUCCCAGUGACCAUGGGCUUAUGCCUGCUGCUCUUUCUGCUCGGGCUCGUGUGCGUCACGCAGGCAGGAAUCUACUGGGUCAAUUUAGUGGACCAUUUCUGUGCCGGUUGGGGAAUCCUUUUUGCAGCUGUCCUUGAACUAGUGGGAAUCUGCUGGAUUUAUGGAGGAAACCGAUUUAUCCAAGACGUAGAAAUGAUGAUUGGGAAGAAAAGUUUCUGGUUCUGGCUGUGGUGGAGGUCAUGCUGGUUUUUCAUCACCCCUCUUCUCCUGCUUGCAAUUCUGGUCUGGUCUUUGGUCACAUUUGAAUCUCCCUCAUAUGGCUCAAUUGAAUACCCCAGCUGGGGAUCUGCCAUCGGCUGGUGCAUGAUCAUGUUCUGCCUCAUCUGGAUUCCCAUUGUUGCAGUUUACCAUAUCAUAAAAUCAAAAGGAAACCUAUGGCGGCGCAUUGUCACCUGUUGCAAGCCAGCAGACACCUGGGGGCCUGCCCUGGCAUGCCAUCGUGGAGAAAGGUACAGCCACAUGAUCGAUCCUGUCAAGGAGAAAGACAUCGAGAUCCCAACCGUAGAUGCCUACAUACACAAGCUGGAAUGAAGAGGUGUCGGGGUACAAGUGCUGACUUUAA